AUGUCUCUGCUGGGGAGCGCGCUCGGCGUCGGCUGCACGGUCGGCCCCUUCCUCGGGUCCCAGGCGGCGGAGCGCCUUGGGGAGGACGCCCCCGUGGUGAUCGCCGUGGCGAUGUUCGCGCUGCUCGGUGCGGUAGUUUUCGGUGCUCUCCCGGAGACGAUGCCCAAGCCCGCCCGAGCUUACGGCGGGGGCGGCGGGGCUGCGGCCGCGGAGGGCUCCCCGCUCUGGCGCGACCGGGAGGUGGUGGCCGCGCUUGCGGUGCUCGGGCUUCCCGAGCUGGGCCUCAUCUGUCACACGAGCGUCGCGGUGAACACGUUCGCGGUGCACCACCUGCAGCUGAGCAAGGCCUGGCUCGCGGGCCUGAGCUCCGCGGUGUCCGCGAUGCAGGCGGCGGUCGCGGGCGGGCUCUGCACCUUCCUGGCCGGCCGCGGCUGCAGCGACGUCGCCAUGAUGCAGCUCGGCAUCGCCAGCUUCGCGGCCACCUCGGCCUCCAUCUGGGCGUGGCAGUCCCCACAGGCCAUCGCGCUCUCCGCGCCCGCGGCGGCGCUGGGCAACGGCUUCCUCCGCAGCAUCCCCGCGGCCUUCCUCAGCAAGCGCGUGCCCCGGGACAGGCAGGGCCAGGCCAUGGGCCUGAUGGACAUGUGCUCCGCCGCGCUGCGGGUGGCCGCGCCGGUGCUCGCAGGGUCGCUGAUGGACCGCUUCGGCGGGGGAUCCGUGUUCCUCGGGCAGGCCGUGCUCUUCACGCUGUCCGGCGUCUGCCUGUCGUUCCUUGCCCCCGGGCGCGGCGGCGGCGCGGCCGGUCGGCACGAGAAGCGCAGCUGA